GUUUUACUGAAUCAUUUUAUCCAUCAUCAAUUCCCACAAUGCUCCGAGAGAUGCCAAAAUAUUGAGGUUUUCUAGGUAUGAUGGCGCUAGGUGUUGUACACUAAAAAGAGAAUAACCUAAAACCUGGAGGGACUUUUAUUAACUGCGAGGAAAAAACGGAGUGGCGAACUACUGAUGUUCAAAUCUAGCUGCUGAGAUUCAUGGAAAAAGGACACGACAGCUCCACCAGUAUGGCAGCGUCAGAGCUGUACACAAAGUUUGCUCGGGUGUGGAUCCCUGAUGCAGAUGAGGUGUGGAAGUCAGCAGAGCUCACUAAGAACUACAAACAUGGAGAUUCCACCCUACACCUCACACUGGAGGAUGGAAUGGACAUUGAGCACAAGCUGGAUGAUAAGACAAAGAACCUUCCUCACCUCCGGAACCCUGACAUCCUGGUGGGGGAGAAUGACCUCACAGCUCUUAGCUACCUCCACGAGCCUGCCGUCCUGCACAACCUUAAAGUCCGCUUCACCGACUCCAAACUCAUCUACACAUACUGUGGUAUUGUGCUGGUGGCCAUUAAUCCCUAUGAGAACCUUCCCAUCUACGGUAGUGACAUCAUCAAUGCGUACAGUGGCCAGAACAUGGGAGACAUGGACCCUCACAUCUUCGCUGUGGCUGAGGAGGCUUACAAACAGAUGGCCAGAGAUGAGAGGAACCAGUCUAUAAUCGUAAGCGGUGAGUCUGGAGCAGGGAAGACUGUCUCAGCUAAAUACGCCAUGCGCUACUUUGCUACGGUCAGUGGAGCAGCCACAGAGGCCAACGUAGAGGAGAAGGUCCUCGCAUCCAACCCCAUCAUGGAGGCGAUAGGAAACGCUAAGACGACUCGUAACGACAACAGCAGUCGUUUCGGGAAGUACAUUGAGAUCGGCUUCGACAAACGCUACCGUAUCAUUGGAGCUAACAUGAGGACAUAUCUACUGGAGAAGUCUAGAGUGGUGUUUCAGGCGGACGAGGAGAGGAACUAUCAUAUCUUCUACCAGCUGUGUGCGUCCUCCCAUCUACCAGAGUUCAAGAAUCUGAAGCUAGGUAGUGCUGAUGUCUUCCACUGCACCAAUCAGGGCCGGAACCCGGUCAUCGAUGGAGUCGACGAUGCUAAAGAGAUGUGCACAACACAACAUGCCUUCUCACUGCUAGGCAUCAACGAGUUGAACCAGAAGGGGCUGUUCCAGGUCCUGGCUGCCAUCUUACAUCUGGGCAACGUGGAGAUCAAGGAUCGAGACUCUGACAGCAGCAUCAUACCUCCCAAUAACCGCCACCUGACGGUGUUCUGUGAGCUGAUGGGCGUGACCUACCAGGACAUGUCUCAUUGGCUGUGCCACAAGAAGCUGAAGACAGCCCAGGAGACCUACAUCAAGCCCAUCCCUCGGCUGCAAGCCUCCAAUGCCCGCGACGCGCUCGCCAAACACAUCUACGCCAAAGUCUUCAACUGGAUCGUGGACCAUGUCAACAAAUCUCUACGCGCCACCGUCAAACAGCACUCCUUCAUAGGAGUCCUGGAUAUCUAUGGGUUUGAGACGUUUGAGAUCAACAGUUUUGAACAGUUCUGUAUCAACUAUGCUAAUGAGAAACUGCAACAGCAGUUUAACAUGCAUGUGUUCAAGCUGGAGCAGGAGGAGUAUUUGAAGGAGCAGAUUCCCUGGACUCUGAUAGACUUCUAUGAUAACCAGCCAUGUAUCAACCUCAUAGAGGCCAAGAUGGGGGUACUCGACCUGCUGGACGAAGAGUGCAAGAUGCCUAAAGGUUCAGAUGACUCGUGGGCCCAGAAGCUGUAUAACACCCAUCUGAAGACCUGCUCUCUGUUUGAGAAACCUCGCAUGUCCAACAAAGCCUUCAUCAUACAGCACUUCGCUGACAAGGUGCAGUACCAGUGUGAUGGCUUUCUGGAGAAGAACAAGGACACAGUGAAUGAAGAGCAGAUCAAUGUCCUGAAGGCCAGCAAGCUAAAGUUGGACCUGCUAGUGGAGCUGUUUCAGGAUGAGGCGAAAGUGACCAGUCCAACUGGGACCGCUCCAGGAGGUCGAACACGACUCAGCGUCAAACCAAAAGAGGUCAGAUCUGGAGCAAGCAGCAAGGAGCACAAGAAGACUGUUGGCUGCCAGUUCCGGAACUCUCUGGCUAUGUUGAUGGAGACUCUGAAUGCGACCACUCCUCACUAUGUUCGCUGCAUCAAGCCCAACGACCUCAAGUUCCCCUUCACGUUUGACCCUAAGCGAGCAGUGCAGCAGCUCAGAGCCUGUGGUGUUCUGGAGACCAUCCGCAUCUCAGCUGCAGGCUUCCCAUCCAGAUGGACCUACCAGGAGUUCUUCAGUCGUUACCGGGUUCUGAUGAAGCAGAAGGACGUCCUGUCGGACAGGAGGCUGACCUGUAGGAACGUCCUGGAGAAACUGGUGCAGGACCAGGACAAGUACCAGUUUGGUAAGACUAAGAUCUUCUUCAGGGCUGGUCAAGUUGCCUACCUGGAGAAGCUGAGGGCUGAUAAGCUGAGGAAGGCGUGCGUCCGUAUCCAGAAGACCAUCCGCUGCUGGCUGGUACGCAAGAAGUACCUCCGAAAGAAGCAUGCUGCCAUCACCAUCCAGAGAUACACCCGCGGACACCAGGCCCGCUGUCUGGUUAAGUACAUGCGUCAGACCCUGGCAGCCAUCACUAUCCAGAAGUUCCAGAGGAUGUGUGUCCAGAGGAAAGUGUACCUACAGAAGCAGGCUGCUGCCCUGGUCAUGCAGACUAUCCUCAGAGCGUACAUGGCCCGACAGAAAUACCAAGGGUUGCUGCGUAACCACAAAGCUGUGUUCAUCCAGAAACACGUGCGUGGCUGGCUGGCCAGACAGCGGUACAAGCGCUCCCUACGAGCCAUCGUCUAUCUGCAGUGCUGCAUCAGGAGGAUGAAGGCCAAGAAAGAGCUGAAGAAGCUGAAAAUCGAGGCCCGCUCCGUUGAACAUUUCAAGAAACUUAACGUUGGCAUGGAGAAUAAGAUCAUGCAGCUGCAGAGGAAGUUAGACGAACAGGCCAAAGACAACCGUGUGACUAGCGAGCGGCUGAACUGUCUGGAGACGUCCCACGCGGUGGAGAGUGAGAAGCUGAAGGUAGAGGUGUCUAAGCUGAAGGGGAUAGAAGAGGAAGCCAAGAACAACGCCAACCGUGUCACUUCUCUUCUGGAGCAGCUGGAGAGGCUGAGGAAGGAGCUGACCACCACCCAGAAAGAGAAGAAGACCAUUGAGGACUGGGCUACCAAGUACAGGGAUGAGAUGGAAAAGAUGGUAGCAGAGCUGAAGCAGCAGAAUGGUCUGCUGAAGACCGAGAAAGACGACCUGAACCGAAUGAUCAAGGAACAGAGCCAGCAGAUGACAGAGAAAAUGACUCGUGCAUUAGCGGAGGAGACUCAGCAGUUGGAGAGCGAUCUGAACGAGGAGAGGUCUCGCUACCAGAACCUCCUAACAGAACACCUGAGACUGGAGGAACGCUACGACGACCUCAAGGAAGAAAUCACUCUCUCUGUGAGCGUGCCCAAGCCCGGCCACAGGAGAACAGACUCCACCCACAGCAGCAACGGAUCAGAGUGCACCUACAACUCAGAGUUCGCCGAAUCAGAAGAAAGUUCCCGACAUGGAGAAGAUGUGACCCGGGGCAUGGACACGUCUCUGACUCUGAAGCUGCAGAAGCGCGUAACCGAGCUGGAGCAGGAGAAAUCCUCUCUCCGCAACGAGCUAGAGAACAAGGAGGAGCAGUUCCAGCGGGCUAGAGUCAGGGAUGAUGAGGAGCAUAAGAAAUCACGUGGAGCAGAACUGGAGUACGAGUCUCUCAAGCGCCAGGAGCUGGAUUCCGAGAACAAGAAGUUGAAGCACGACCUGACCGCCAUGAGGCAGAGCCUGCUGGGUAAUGCAGGCGCUGGGGCAGGGGCACCAGGAAGUCCACCCUACAAAGUUCUCAUGGACCAACUGAACUCCUCGUGCGAGGAGCUGGAGGUGCGGAAAGAGGAGGUGCUGAUUCUACGAUCUCAACUGGUCUCACAGAAGGAGGCCAUGCAGCACAAGGAUGAGAAGGAGACGAUGACAGAGCCAGUGCACUAUGCAGAGGAUGUCCAUAAGAUGAAGGACUCUGGUGCAAUCACUCAGGCUUAUCUAGGACUCAAAGAGACCAACAGAUCUCCCAGGUUCUUGCGUAAACCACUAGAAGCCAAUGAGCUCCUAAAUCGGCUCAGACUGUUGGAGGGCCAGAUGCAGCAGCAGCGGCGUAGCUAUGACAACGAGGUGGAGGUGUUGCGAGGGGAGUUACAGAGUGUUAAAGAGGAGAAUAACCGUCAACAACAGCUGCUGGCCCAGAACCUGCAGCUCCCACCAGAGGCACGCAUAGAGGCUAGUCUACAGCAUGAGAUCACACGACUCACCAACGAAAACCUGGAGAUGCUGAGGACUGAGGAUCCAACAGCAUAUCGCAGCGCCAAAGUCAACAUAUUACGACGGAUGGUUGACCUCAUGGAACAGCUGGAGAAGCAGGAUAAAACUAUCCGUAAGCUUAAGAAACAGCUGAAGGUGUUCUCGAAGAAGAUUGGAGAAAUGGGAGCUGGCCAUGUUGAGACUAUAUCUCCGGGUCAGAUGGUUGAAGAGACGGUCCGUCCGGUGAACAUUCCUCGUCGCGAGAAAGACUUCCAGGGAAUGUUGGAGUACAAGAAGGAGGAUGAGCUGAAACUGGUUAAGAACCUCAUACUGGAGUUGAAGCCUCGUGGUGUAGCGGUGAAUCUGAUCCCAGGCCUGCCAGCCUACAUCCUCUUCAUGUGUCUGAGGCAUGCUGACUAUGUCAACGAUGACCAGAAGGUCAGGACGUUGCUCACAUCCACCAUCAACAGCAUCAAGAAGAUACUCAAGAAACGGGGGGAUGACUUUGAGACGGUCUCCUUCUGGCUGUCCAACACCUGCCGCUUCCUACACUGUCUGAAACAGUACAGCGGAGAUGAGUCGUUUAUGAAGCACAACACUCCUAAGCAGAAUGAUCACUGCCUGUCUAACUUUGACCUGGCUGAGUACCGGCAGGUCCUCAGUGACCUGGCCAUUCAGAUCUACCAGCAGCUCAUCAAAUGCAUGGAGAACAUCCUACAGCCCAUGAUUGUCUCUGGUAUGUUGGAGCAUGAGACCAUCCAGGGUGUGUCGGGGGUUAAGCCGACCGGUCUGCGUAAACGGACAUCGAGCAUCGCUGACGAGGGAACCUACACGCUGGAAUCCAUCUUACGCCAGCUCAGCGCUUUCCACUCCACCAUGUGUCAGCACGGCACCGACCCUGAACUCAUCAAACAGGUUGUGAAGCAGCAGUUCUACAUCAUUGGAGCUGUGACUCUCAACAAUCUACUGCUGCGUAAAGACAUGUGCUCCUGGAGUAAAGGCAUGCAGAUCAGGUAUAACGUGAGUCAGCUGGAGGAGUGGCUGCGUGACAAGUCUCUGAUGCUGUGUGGAGCCAAGGAGACUCUGGAGCCUCUGAUUCAGGCUGCUCAGCUGCUGCAAGUCAAGAAGAAGACGGACGAAGACGCCGAGGCCAUCUGCUCCAUGUGCAACAGCCUGUCCACAUCUCAGAUUGUGAAGGUGUUGAACCUGUACACUCCAGUCAACGAGUUUGAAGAGAGGGUGUCUGUUACCUUCAUACGAACCAUACAGACUCGUUUGCGGGACCGCUGUGAGACUCCUCAGCUGUUGAUGGACACUAAGAUCAUCUACCCAGUCACCUUCCCUUUCAACCCCUCCUCUCUGGCCCUGGAGACUAUCCAAAUACCAGGCUCCCUCAACCUAGCCUUCCUUACCCGCGUCUAACACACACACACACACACACACACACACACACAUACACAACUAAUAGAUGGGCUAUACAUAUGUACACAUGCAUACACAAACCAUUCUCUUCCUAACACAUCUAAACACUUACAUACAGUGCACACACACACAUACACACGCUCAGCUUCCACCCUACGGUAGUCUUUAUAUCAGUAGUUGAAAGCCCAUCCUCCUCCGCGUGUACAAAUGCUCAACUCUAAGAGAAUGCACCGCUACAGGCCACCUUUUCUCCUAUCUUACCCCCUUUUACUAAGCUACACUCCCCACCUACAACCCCAUUUAAGACCUAGUACCGUGUUCCCCCAGUCCUCUUUUCUCCUCUUUAUUCUCUUCUCAAUAGUGUAGUGUUUUCUAUCAGUCCGGUUCUCCCAUAGGAAUGUAUUACGGUACACUUAAGCUAGCUGUCCAGGGCUAGCAUCACAGCUAGCUAGCGCCUUCAGCUAAGCUCAGCUAGCAUCUGUUGUGUUAUGAUAGGAUGCUAGCACUUUCACAGUUAUCUAGCUAGCAUCAGUUUUGAGUACAUCGUUAUCAACUCACCAACUGAACACAUUCAAGCCAAGUGCAGUACCCAUUGUCUGUACCAUACUUUUAUACAUAUAUAAAUACAUAUAAAUAUUAAUAUAUAUAUAUAUAUAUCACGCUAGGGUGUUUUAUUUAUUGCAUUUAUCUCACUCCCUUUCCUAAAAUACGUUUUUCUUUGCAGACAGAAAACAUGGAUACCAUAGACUUGUAGGCUUAUCUCUCCAGCUUUCCAGACCGGAGAGAAGUAUGGCCAUGGAAAGACCACUAGAGUCCUGUAGUAUUAGAAUUAUGUCUAUAGCAGGUGAUCUAUGCAGUCUCAUUUAAUUAGCACUAUUUAAUGUAGCUUUUUAUUUGUUGAGCUCAUGAUGUAUUGUGCUUUAAGAUCUCUCUGCUGUAGAUCUGCACUUUAGCACCACUGCACCAGAGGUUGAAAUAGAGGAUUAGACUGGACCAGAGGUUGAAAUAGAGGAUUAGACUGGACCAGAGGUUAAAAUAGAGGAUUAGACUGGAACAGGUUGAAAUAGAGGAUAAGACUGGAACAGGUUGAAAUAGAGGAUUAGACUGGAACACAGGUUGAAAUAGAGGAUUAGACUGGAACACAGGUUGAAAUGGAGGAUUAGACUGGAACAGGUUGAAAUAGAGGAUUAGACUGGACCAGAGGUUGAAAUAGAGGAUUAGACUGGACCAGAGGUUGAAAUAGAGGAUUAGACUGGAACAGAGGUUGAAAUAGAGGAUUAGACUGGAACAGAGGUUGAAAUAGAGGAUUAGACUGGAACAGAGGUUGAAAUAGAGGAUUAGACUGGAACAGAGGUUGAAAUAGAGGAUUAGACUGGAACAGAGGUUGAAAUAGAGGAUUAGACUGGAACAGAGGUUGAAAUAGAGGAUUAGACUGGAACAGGUUGAAAUAGAGGAUUAGACUGGAACAGGGGUUGAAAUAGAGGAUUAGACUGGAACAGGGGUUGAAAUAGAGGAUUAGACUGGAACAGGGGUUGAAAUAGAGGAUUAGACUGGAACAAAUGUUGAAAUAGAGGAUUAGACUGGAACAGAGGUUGAAAUAGAGGAUUAGACUGGAACAGAGGUUGAAAUAGAUAGAGGAUUAGACUUGCAGUAGUUGGCUAGACUCGACGAGUAGUUUAGAUGGGUAUGGGUAUAAAACUAUCAGGUUUAGACGGCUUCAGCUACUGUACUUGCUUCUCCACUUGAACUAAGUAGUUUGGUUUCAAAACCCCUACAGAGGACUCACUAACUCUCACACACACUAGUGACUGUUGUUAAACAGAAGCACGCUGGAUCCUACAUAUCCACUACCACAGCGUUUCCCAAAACUAUUGGUCCCGGCCCCAUGUGGGGUCGCCUGAUUUUUAAAAAUGGGGUCGAAAAAAAAUACAAUAAAACCGCGCUUUGUUCAUAGAACCAGGGUUACAUCGGUAGCCUCGGUAACCUCUGGUAGCCUCUAGAUACAGUUGUAAUAAACAGAGCGGUUUCUUUUUUCUUCCUACAAAUGUGGCUCUAUCUUUUAAAAGAAACAACAUAUUAUUUUUUUGAUUUAUUUAACUAGGCAAGUCAGUUAAGAACAAAUUCUUAUUUUCAAUGACGGCCUAGGAACAGUGGGUUAACUGCCUGUUCAGGGGCAGAACGACAGAUUUGUACCUUGUCAGCUCGGGGGUUUGAACUUGCAACCUUCCGGUUACUAGUCCAACGCUCUAACCACUAGGCUACCCUAUGACCCCAUCACUGAAAAAUCAGACUCUCAGGAACACGGAUGUGUCUUCUGUUUCCUUCUACAAUGGCCACAAGCCUCAUUAGAACAGAGUGGACAAGACCAGGAACUAAAUCAGCUAAAACAAUAAGUUUACAUUAGCGAUGAUUUCAUCACUUUUUUUCUACAUGGUGGAGUCGUGAUGUUUUAUUAUAUCAAAAUGGGUCUGCAGACCAAACAGUUGGAACUCAUGCAGUACCAACUACUACAUAUCUACAUGUCCUCACCCCACCACUCUGUCUGCUCCACUCUCGGUACAUUAUGAUGGACAAGAUCUAUAGGUAUUCCUUUCAGUAUUAUAGCCUUGGAAAGGAGGUUGUGUGUUACUAAACCUGGUUACCACUGAGCCAGUCUCUUUUACUGUAGUUGCUCUCAUAAUCCAUCGCAUUUAGACUCAAUAUCAACCAUGCCUUGAAUGUUUUCCCCUACAGCCUGUAUGAUAAUGCUGCCUUGCCAGCUUUACUCCAGAAACUAAAUCACUUCUUUGUAGACAAACUAUUACAUGCCCUGGCUACAGUCUCUACCCUACUCUAACUCUUACCCCCUUCUUUCAUUCCCUACUAACCUACUCUAACCCCCUUCUUUCAUUCCCUACUAACCUACUCUAACCCCCUUCUUUCAUUCCCUACUAACCUACUCUAACCCCCUUCUUUCAUUCCCUACUAACCUACUCUAACCCCCUUCUUUCAUUCCCUACUAACCUACUCUAACCCCCUUCUUUCAUUCCCUAUUAACCUACUCUAACAACUCCUUCACUGUCUCCCCAACCCCUUCUUCACUGUCUCCCCAACCCCUUCUUCACUGUGUCCCAACAUCAGCCAAGUCUGUUUUCAUGGCUCUACUUUUA